GUUGAAUGGUGGGGUGGAUGAACUGUUGACCAUUGGAAUGCAUUAUCAAUUCAGUGGUCAUUUGUGGUCAUUCUACAUUAUUUUUUUUAUUUCUUUACUGGUCAAAUUUUUGAUCAAUGAACACCUGAAUUUUAUCAUUGACGAAUUUUCAACAUGGAAAGUUCAAGUUGUGUUACUCCAGAUUGAAAUUUGAAAUGUUCAACAGGUGGUUGCUGUUUCUGUAAUGUCACGUCAAGAAAUCAAUUCAACCUGACCAUCUCGUACUAGGUACAUAAAUGAAGAAGAAUUACUCUCAAGAUGACACCUGUUAAAAAACCGAACGAAACAAAUUGGGAAACUAAACAUGCUCUUCAUCAACAAGAACUGGAAGAAGCUCGAAAUCGAGCUUUACAAAUGGAAAAAACAAUGCGCUGGUGGUCCGAUUGCACUGCUAAUUGGCGGGAAAAGUGGAGUAAGGUUCGAAAUGAAAGAAACACAGCCAGAGAAGAAGUAAAGCACUUGCAAGUGAAAUUAGACAGCGCUGUAAAGGAAAAUAAUUCGUAUAGACGUCAAAAACAACAUUUAGAAGUACGAAACGAACAAAUGCGCAAAGAAUUAGAACAGAUUCAUACUUUACUAAUGAAAUACGUCGGUCAUUGGGAUAGUCAUUUAUUAGAAUCGAUUGAAAAAUUCGAACCUGCCAAGCUGAACGCUGUACCUUAUCAGUCUGAUUCUGAUGAACAUCUCACCUGUAACGGUAAAGAUUCUGGUAUAGAGGAGUAUAUUUUGAACGAAGGCUUCGGUGCUAAUAAAAAUCACGACACGACGAAUGAACCGGUUUCAAGAACCUCUAUCAUGGAAGAUACUCUUUCUAAUAUUUCUGAAAUUAGCGACGAUAUAACUAACGAUGAACUAACUCGGCAUCGAUUAUCGGAAUUGCAAUUGAAAUUGAACGAGAUGAGUAAAACUGUAGCUGCCGAAAGAGAUGAGAAGCAGCUGCUUCAUAAAAAUAUAGAAAAACUGGAGUCUGAAUUAAUGGACGUUAAAGAAAAGUACGAAGAUUUGAAAGUAUCGAAACAAGAAGCUCUACGUGAAUUAAUGCAAUUGAAAGAUACUCAUAAUGAUGUCGUAUCUCACAUCAAAGUUGAUCUGAUGAAUGAGACUACGUUUAGAGAAGAUGUUGAUAAACGUUUAGCUGAUGUUAGAGCUCAGUUGGAACGACUUCAAGUAGAAAAUGCAUCCGAAUGGGGUAAACGUGAAAGACUAGAAACUGAAAAAUUAGCUUUAGAAAGAGAAAAUAAAAAACUACGAACUGAAUUAAGAGAUACGAUGGAUCGACUCGAAAGACGAAUUAAAUCGCAACCCACCACCGACAACGAACUAAGAACACUUCAGUUAGAAUUGACUGAUCGAAAUAAAGAAUUGAGUGAUCUGAAACAUGCUCAUUUGAAGUUGAAAAAAAUAUUCGCCGAUAAAACCAGUGAACUGAAUCACGCGACGAGAAGAAUAGAGCAAUAUGAAACUGAAGUUAAAAAGUUAAGGUCUCGGAUCGAAGAACUGAAGAGAUAUUUGGCCACUGCUGAGGAAGAAGUAGAUGCUAAUAAUAAUAGUAUAAGGAAAUUACAAAGAAGCAACGACGAUCUGCAGGAGCAAAUUGAUAAUUUUCAAGUUCAGAUUCAGUACCUUCAGAAUAGAUUGAAAAGAAAAUCAUCGACUCUUCAAAUUCAAAACCGAUUUUCUGACGAACAAACCGACGAAGAGGGUAACGUUUGAGAACUGAACACGAGAUACUUACGUUGAAAUGACGAUCAUGAAAUGUUGCUAACCUUGUGUACCUUUAAUCAUAUGUAUUUGACGAGUAUUUCGGGAUGGAUAUUUUAUCAACGCGAUAAUUCAUCAUUUAAUUCUCAAAAAGUAGGAAAAUUGAAACCAAAUUGCAUUUAAACUAAUCGACGACUCGCUGAAUUGCAUUUCAACUUUGAAAACAAAGUAUCCAUUGCAGUCUGUACAAUCCAUGGCUUAAGGUAUGUUUUACGUACCUACGAAGUGCAAUAUUAUUGAGAAUAAGUCAGAGAUCAAAAUAGUGCAGACUGCAAUAGGUAUCUAAAUCAUAUUUAUUAAUGUUUCAAAUUAAUUUAUUAAAACAAUUUCGUUAAUAAAUUUUUUUACCAAUUA